UCAAGAUAAUUAUGAUUAAAAUCCGACUGAUGAUGAUAAUGAUGAUGAUGGUAACAAUGUUAUCAUCAAUAAUCACCAUUGUUAUUGCCACUGCUGCUGAAUGUGACGCAAAAAAAGUAGAUAAAUGUAUGCUUGAAAUGACCAUAAUUGGUGAUUCACGUCUACGUUUUCCAACAAAUCAAACAAUGAUGAAUGAUCGUUGUAGACAGAUGCGACAUCUUGAACAUUGUGUUAAAGAUUAUUCAAAAAAUUGUCUUGCAGAACGUGCAAGUCAAACAGUUUCCGUAUUGAUCUAUGGUAUAACCAAAACAAAUAAAGCAUUUUGUUCGAAAAAACGACGACCAUCAUAUUUACGUAUUGGACGUUGUGCAAAUAGUAAACCAGAAUUAUUUGCUACAAUUAUGAAUCGUAUGACCAAAGCAUUUCAUGCUAUAAAAUCACAUCCCAAAGAAACGAUACGUAUUCCAUUGGCCUGUUGCAAUUAUUAUCAAUUCAAAGAUUCCAUUAUGCAAUUAGUGGAAAAAAUCUGCCCAAAUGAAUAUGAUGAUGUUGAAACAUUAUUGGAUGGUUAUGCAAAUGAUGUUUUAAAUUUAAUCUGUGGUGAUUAUACUGCUGAUUCGGAUAAAUGUGAUUCAAUCAUAAUGCAAACACCGGAAUGGAAACGACCAUUAACAUUUAAAAGUUUCGUUAUACCAUUGGCACAAAUUAUAGAUAGUAUUUGAUUUUAUUUCUUUCAUAAAUCAUCUUUCAUCAAUAUAUCAUAAUUUUUGAUCA